GCCAACGUGGCCGCGUGCUCGCUGCCGCCGCUUCGCUUCGCCUCCUCUCCGCUCCCGCAGCCGCGAAUCGAAGAAGCCACGGCACCACGCCCACUUGCCUCGAGCGCAAAUUUUACGCCAGCAGAUCGCGCGGCGCUCGUGCUCGUGCUCCCGCUCCAAACCCUACCCAACCACCAGAUCCGGAGAUCCCGCGCGGAGGCGGAGGCGGAGGCGCACCCACCCUACCCGCCAAUGGCGCCUCCUCGUCCUCGGCUCUGAUCCGAUCCGCCGCCGCGCCAAUGGAUUCCGCCCGGAGCUGGCUCCAGAAGCUGCAGCCGCGGGACAAGGACAAGGAGCGGGGCAAGCCUGCGGCGGCGCCGUCGCCCACCGGUGGCUCCGCGAGGAUGGCCGCGGCCGGGGAGGAGACGCUGUCCAGCGCCACCAAGCAGAAGGUGGUGGCGGCCAAGCAGUACAUCGAGAACCACUACAAGGCGCAGAUGAAGUCGCUCCAGGAGCGCAAGGAGAGGCGUUGGAUGUUGGAGAGGAAGCUAGCAGAUGCUGAUGUAUCUGAAGAAGAGCAGAGCAAUAUCCUGAAGGAUUUGGAGAAAAAGGAGACAGAAUACAUGCGCCUACGGAGGCAUAAAAUGGGUGUUGAUGAUUUUGAAUUGCUGACCAUUAUUGGGAGAGGUGCAUUUGGGGAGGUGAGACUUUGUAGAGAAAAAGCUACAUCCAAUGUGUAUGCAAUGAAAAAGCUUAAUAAGUCUGAAAUGUUACGAAGAGGCCAGGUUGAGCAUGUGAGAGCUGAAAGGAACCUCCUUGCAGAGGUUGAUAGUGCUUAUAUAGUUAAGCUCUACUGCUCAUUUCAAGAUGACGAGUUUCUGUACCUCAUUAUGGAGUAUCUUCCUGGUGGUGACAUGAUGACUCUACUCAUGCGCAAGGACAUACUGACAGAGGAUGAAUCUAGAUUUUAUGUUGCAGAGACAAUACUAGCAAUUGAAUCCAUUCACAAGCAUAGUUAUAUUCAUAGGGAUAUCAAGCCUGAUAAUUUGUUGUUAGACCGAAGUGGUCACCUGAAGCUUUCAGAUUUUGGCUUAUGCAAACCUCUAGACAGCAGUUGCUUCCCAAAUCUGAGUGAUCUUGACUGUGCUGUGGGAAAGAACACCAAUCCAUCAUCAGAUGGCGAUAAGCAAUUAAGUAACUCUAGUGCUCCCAGGCGAACACAACAGGAACAGCUAUUGCAUUGGCAGAAGAAUCGGCGGAUGUUGGCUUAUUCUACUGUUGGUACACCUGAUUACAUUGCUCCGGAGGUAUUAUUGAAGAAAGGAUAUGGGAUGGAAUGUGACUGGUGGUCACUUGGGGCCAUUAUGUACGAGAUGCUUGUGGGGUAUCCGCCGUUUUAUUCUGAAGAUCCAAUGUCAACAUGCAGGAAGAUAGUGAAUUGGAGAAGUCAUCUAAAAUUCCCUGAAGAGGCCAGACUUUCACCUAAAGCUAAAGAUCUCAUUAGCAAGCUUUUGUGUAACGUGGAUCAGAGACUUGGAUCAAAAGGUGCACAUGAGAUAAAGGCACAUCCAUGGUUUAGAGGCGUUGAGUGGGAGAAACUAUAUCAGAUGGAAGCAGCUUUUAUUCCUGAGGUUAAUGAUGAGUUGGACACACAAAAUUUCGAAAAGUUUGAGGAGGCAGCUCCUCCGAUGCAAACUUCAUCAAAGGCGGGUCCUUGGAGAAAGAUGCUUUCCUCCAAGGACGUAAAUUUUGUUGGUUAUACGUACAAGAAUUUUGAAAUAGUGAAUGAUCCCGAACUUCCAGGAAUUGCUGAGUUAAAGAAAAAGAACAAGCCAACACGACCAACCAUCAAAUCAUUAUUUGAGACUGCUGAUACUGAAGAUCAGCCUUCUGAAGGCAGUUUCUUGAACCUACCCAUGCAAUUGGAGAUGCCGGAGAGCCUUGAGCCCUCACCUCACUCCAGUAUAUCUUCCGAGGAUUCCCAAGCACGUCAUAGGUAGCAGAUGUAUGUUUUCUGGCACCUGUCAGCUGUGAGUUGAGGCGGAAAAAGGUGGGCCUUUCACAAGCAGAUGGAUGGCUAUCUGCAGGAUCAAGUGGCUAUUCCGAGGAGGAGAACAAGCCCCAUAAAGUUUGCUUUUGAGUAGCUGUUUGAGGUGCCCCAGUAGCCAUUUAAUAUGGCAGCACGGCAUCCUGUACAUUGUUACUAGUUUUUGAAAUUUCUUUGCCAACAACCCGAGCAGGUUGGUUGAUAUAGAAAGGGAGGUAUUUGUUCUCUCCUGUAAAUUUCUGGAUUGUGUUGCUGAGAUUCAUUCUUUCGUUGGAGCGUGCCAUGGGGUAUGCUGCCAGUUUCUUUUGCCCCGCAGGAAUCUGCAUUUCACAUCAUUGUUAUAAGAUUUACGACA